UGACUAGGUUCAGUGCAGGAAGUGCGUCAUCAGCUGGAGACAUUCGCCAUUUUGAUUGAAGAAAGGGACCCAAGGAAACUUCGCAUUUGUUCUUUACUAUAACAUAACUUUAAAAGUAUACAGUCAUGGCUAUGCAAGCAGCUAAACGCGCCAAUAUACGAUUACCCCCAGAGGUGAACAGAAUCUUGUAUGUCAGAAAUCUCCCCUACAAGAUCACAGCUGAGGAAAUGUAUGACAUUUUUGGGAAAUAUGGGCCAAUUCGGCAAAUUAGAACAGGGAACACACCAGAAUCCAGAGGGACGGCCUAUGUGGUGUAUGAAGACAUCUUUGAUGCCAAGAAUGCUUGCGAUCACCUGUCAGGUUUCAACGUCUGCAACCGCUACCUUGUGGUGCUGUAUUACAAUGCAAACAGAGCUUUCCAGAAAAUGGACACAAAGAAGAAAGAGGAGCAGCUGAAGCUUCUCAAAGAAAAAUAUGGCAUCAACACAGAUCCCCCAAAGUAACAUCACAGAGAAAACAUAGUUUGUUUUGGGGGUUUUUUUAUCUUUUUUUUUGUAUAAAUUUUUAUGUUGCAUCAGGGCACAGAUUGCUCUGUUAGGCAGAAAUAAUGUGUUAGACACGAUUCAUGUGUCAAUUUAAUAGAUUGAAAUCGCUUGAGAGUUGCUGUUGGUCAGAUUAAUCUUCUUGGGUAACACAUUAAAGUCCUGUUUUUUCCCCCUUUUUCAUUGCUGCAAACAUAAUUUAAAUCUAUCAAUGUAAUGUGAUGUAUGUAAACAAGUUCUUGAGUAACAGCCAUGUUUACUCUAAGGUUUCUGUAAAAUAAAUGUCCUUCUUCUUAAAGCUC